GCACCUUCCCGCCCGAGACCGCCUCUUUUUGGAAGUGGCCGGUCAAGGCGUACAGCGACUUCUGAGAAAUGUAGAAUAUACUCAGGCUGAAACUGUCUGAAUUCGUGACAGAAACAGACUUGACAGUUUAUCGUCAGUUCGUGUAUUUUUUUGGUGCGCCGGCGAUUGGUUUCGUUAUUGAAAGUAAUCGUAACAAAGACCGAAAGAACUGCGGAUGCUGGCAAUCAGGAACUAAAAAAGAAAACAACUGCCUCAAGAUGCUGUCACACCAAACGAUCAUGAUAGUUUACGACUGUGGAAUAAAUGACAGAACUAAAGCGAAUUAGGACCCGAGGCGAGGGAGAUUCCGAAAGUGGGGAAUCUCUCCAGUUCCCUAUCCUGUUUUAAAAUCCUGUUUUAAAAACAAAUCCUUAACGCUGCUCAGCAAUGGAGAGCCCACUGUACAUCACAUUGUGGUUAUUUCUGUUCCUUCAGCAGCCUUUCUUGGGUGAGGGAUCCUUCAUCCAGAUCUUAGGAGUCUCAGGUGAAGACAUCUUACUGCCCUGCAUUUUUACUGUUGCAACCAAAUUCAGUUUGCAGCAGCUUGUUAUUACCUGGCAGCGGACAACCAGUAUAAAAGUGGUUCAUAGCUUCUACAAUGAGAAAAACCAUCCAGAGUAUCAGGACCCAGCAUUCAGGGGACGGACUAAACUGUUUCUCCAAGAAUUUCCCAAUGGGAAUGCUUCUCUCAGAUUAAAAAGAGCAACCACAUCAGAUAUAGGGAACUACACCUGCUUCGUGAUUCAAGAGGAUGGAAAAGGUUACAUUGAGAAUUUGGUGGAACUGAAAUUAUAUGAUAAACCAAUGGUUACUGGAAGUGAUGAUAAUGCAGCUUUAAACAGACAAAGAACGAAUUGUGUAUCUGUAUUCAUAUGUGGAGUACUGGUUGUUUUAAUUGGAGUUGGAGUUGGAUUUUCGAAAGUGCAAAAGAAGAUACAAAGUUCUGAUGAGACAAUGGCUUUGCUGAGAAACACUGUAGAAGAUGCCGUUCAAGUUUACCAAAAGUACAUAUUGCAGAAUCAAACAGAGUUUCUUGACAAGGUGUCACAUGGGAAGUCCAAAGCCUAUAGCUUACUUGACAGAACUAUCAGUAUUAUUGUUCCAAAGAAACAAAUCACAGCUCUGGAUGACAUUAUGGGGACAGUUGCUUCGGAUUUUGUGUCAGAAGUGAAAGCUGUACAACUGCUGUCAUUGCCACAGAAAGUAGACUACCCUUCAAAGCGAGUCCUGCUAAUAGGUGACGAAGGAGUGGGGAAAAGCUGGACUGUAGCCAGCAUCCAGCAAGCAUGGGCAGAAUCUCAACUAUGUCAUCCAAGGUGCAUCAUUGUUUUCAGAUUCUGUGACUUAAAUGAAGUUGAAGGAAAGACCACUCUACAGAAACUGCUUAAGAAGCAGUGUGAGUCAUUGUCAUCAGUUCUAACGGAACUUCUCUGUAACCCUCAAGAUGUGUUGAUCAUUUUGGAUGGACUGGAUGAAUUCAACCAUCGGUUGCAAAAUAAUCCACCAGAUGGUUGUUUUAACCUAGACACUGAGGCUGAAGUAAAUGUUCUUGUUCACAGUCUCAUUGCAGGGGAUCUCCUUUCAACAGCACAGGUAUUGGUUACCUCCCGUUGGAAUACUGAGCAACUUGAAUUUCACAAGAAGUAUUUUGAUUGCAUCCUUGUUAUCCAUGGGUUUACCAGUGAUCAGUUGAGAAGAUAUUGUGAAGUGUUCUGUCAGAAAAAUCAAAAAGCAGUAGGAAUGUAUGAAUACAUGACCAAACAUGAGACCAUCAACUGCCUGGUGUCAAAUCCCCUCAACAGCUAUAUCCUGUGCAGUAUUUUGGACAGAUGUAACUGCAGUCAGACUUUGAUGGCAGAUGUGCCAGUGACACACAGUGAAGUACUGCUGCAGUUCCUUUACAGCCUAGUUCACUGCAAGACAGACAAGCAGUCAUUGGUCACUAUUGAUAACUCUGAGACUAAACUGGAAGGCACAUUGCUUCAAGACACUAUCCUGAAAUUGGGGGAACUCUCCUUCAAUAAUUUGCUGUCAGGGAAACUUGAAAUGAAAAUAGAUGAUCUGCAUAAUUAUGGGAUAGAUCCAGAUGUUCUUUCGAAGUAUUUUUCAAAUGUAAUCCUGGAAAAGAAGUAUAAAGAUCAAAAUAUAUUUGAGUUCUGCCAUGUUGUCCUAAAGGAAUAUUUUGCAGCUUUGUAUUGUGCAACAUCACUGAAAAAUGAUGCUGAAGAAUUGGUCAAAAGUCUGAAUCUUUGGUGUUUUGGGAGAAUGCCACAAAAUCAAAAGAGUCAAUACUAUUUGAGAUCAUUUAAGCCUGAACGUACAGAGGCACUAUACAAUUUUACAAGGCUUUUCAUGGGCUCCUUAAAAGCAAGAAGAGAUACUAAAUUAUGGAACUGUAGUGCUUCUCUCACUCAGCCUACAGCCAGAGCCCUAGUGACUUGGUUCAAAAACUGUCUUGAACAAGGUUGCAAGAAGUCCAAGCUGCUGAAUUUAAUGCAUUGUCUUUUUGAACUGCAUGAUUCAACUGUAACAACAGAGGUAUCUCCUCAUUUCAAGCAUAUAGAUUUUUUCAACAUUUCUCUGGGCCCAUUAGACCUCGCUGCAUUAUGUUACUGUCUCUGUCAUUCUGCUAUGGUAGAAUUGGAUUUAAGACUCUGUACCAUAGGGGAUGAUGGAAUAAAACAGCUCAAGGACGUGCUACUCAAGUGCAAAACUGUUUUUGUAAGCUCCAACAAAUUGACUGAGAAGUCAGCAGAGAUUUUGAGUGACAUUCUUCAAGAUCCAAAAUGCAGAAUUGAGACAUUAUCAUGUGGCACAAAUUGUUUUGGUGCCAGAGGAGCUCAGUUUUUUUGGAAAGCUCUAUCAAAAAACCAAAGUCUCAAAUCUCUUCGUUUGUAUGAUAAUAAGAUUACUGAUGAAGGUAUUACAAACAUGGCCGAUUGCCUGAGUUACAACACAACUCUUGAGAAACUCUAUUUAUGCGCAAAUGAAUUUGGAGAUGUUGGACUGAAAAAUAUUGAACAGUUCAAAGAGUUGCAAGAUGGUCUGAAGAUUGUCAGUAAAAUCACGGAAGAUGAAGAUUUGCUACUCCGCAUUGAAACACAGAUAAAUGAGUUAUUUUCCCACAGCCAGGAGUAUAACCAGGAAUGGCUUCAAACAAUCAUGGAGUCCAUACUGAAAGAUCUUGGAGAUGAGAGUGAAAUAACGGACCAAAUGAUGAAGACGAGGGUGGGAAUUAUAAAAGAAAGUAUAAACAAACUUCUGUGUAAAAUAAAAGUAGUGGCAGUUGGAAGCACCACCUUUUUGAAAUUUCCCCAUUUAGGCCAUGAAGUUGAUGAAGAGUCAGAUCUCAAAGUUUAGGUCAUAUUCAGUGAACCUCUGAACUGGCAAUUGGCUCAACAUUGGCAUUGACAGAUGUAGUGAGGGUCCUUCAGGAAGAACGCAUUCAAUUUUUUAAAAAAAAAACAAUAUAUCCUGAAAGAAUAAGAGGGAGGAAUUUGCCACAUUGCUGGCAUACUAAUCCAUGAUAACAAAGCAUGAUGCCAAAGUAAAUGCUGUACCACAACAUAUACAGUGUGAUGAUGCUGUGUAAAUAAUGUUGUGGAACUUGGGAAAGAUUUAGCAUAAUGUAAAUAAUAUGUUGUAGCCCACAAAGCUUUAUGAAAUUUUGUAUCGUACAGUAUCAGUACUUACCCAUGUUCAAUAACAAGUGUUCUCCCAAGGGAAAACCUUGCUACAAUCCAUCAUUCCAUUUCCAAACACAAUUAAGGUGACACAGUGCCUCAGUGGUCAGCACUGCUGCCUCACAGCACCAGGGACCUGAGUAUAGUUCCAGCCUCAGGCAACUGUCUGGGUGGAGUUGACAUGUUCUCCCUCUGUCUGUGUAGGUUUCUUUGCACUGUUCAAAGAUGUACAGGUUAUGUGGACUGACUCUGCUAAGUUUCUGUAGUGUCAAGGGAUAUGUAAAUUAGGUAGAUUAGCCAUGGGAAAUGUAGGGUUACUGGGAUAGGGUCGGGGGGGUGAGUCUGAGUCGGAUGCUCUUCAGAGAGUGGUUGUGGACUUGUUGGACCAAAUAGCUUGUUCCCAAGCUGUAGGGAUUCUGAGGAUUCAAACUAGAUCAACAAAUGCAGAUUUCCAUUCAUUAUUGAACCUGAUGGAGUUCUAUAGAAAUUUUCAAUAGUUUUAUGUCAUUAUUACUUCAGAAUUAUUCAUUGAGAAUGUUUUCUAAUACCAACAAUCAACUGAAAGUCUGAUUAUCACUGCUUAUCUCUGAUUUGUCUUUCGAACUCUGCAUGCACAAUAUA